AUGUCCCGCAAGCGAAAGCAAGAUGAAGAGCUUGUUUCUCUCCCCAGUGAUGACGAGGAGGAAGAAGAAUAUGUGAGCGACGAGGAUGAAGAGGAGCACGACGACGAUGGCGAAGAGGAAGAAGAAGAAGAGGAAGAUGCAGAGGAGAACGGCGAUGAUGCUGGCGAGAAUGGCACGACCGACCAUGCCCCUCCAAGCAAGAAACAAAAGACAGAUGUCGCUUCGGAUGAAAAGGCGCCCACUAAGGAUGCCGACGACGAAGACGCCGAAGAGGAGAAUGGCGACGACGCCGCUGAGGAGGAGAACGGUGAGAAUGGCGAGGAGGCCGAAGAUGAUGACGAUGCUGCCGAGGACGCCGCGGAUGAUGUUCCAGCCAAGGGUACUCCUGUCAAUGUCUCCAAAGGAGCUGCCGAGGACGGAGACUCGUACGCUGAAGUCGCGGCGGCCGGUGGCGACGAUGACAAGGCGGAUUAG